CCCUCCAAAAAAUUGCGAGCAGCUGUCAACGCACGUGGCGUUUUGUUUACCCUCGACCUCUCAUUCACGUGACAAUAAUUUAGUGACGUCACACAACAAUAACAACAACAAUAAACCUGAAAAACCGUAAAUCAUCGACGAGAAAAAUCGAGGGAUCGAAUCCAGCGAUCGCCUUUCCAAUUUUUUAUCGAAAAAAUGAGAUAAUCCUGGAAAAUUCAGGAAGUUAACCUCUAAAUGGUGCGAUUCAAGAACAGGUAUAUUACUGUGGAGAUUACCUUGAAGGAGGAGGACAGACUCCUGGUGCUGAAACCCUCAGCAUUGUACCAUUCUGUCCAGAAAAUCGUUGAGAAAAUGUACGGGGACUUCGGUCUUGCCUCCGUCAAGGCCGGAUUGAAUGCACAAUAUUGCAAUCCUCACACGAGAAUAGCUCUCAUCAAGUGUCGACAUGGGCCUCACAAUUUUUUAAUUAACUCGAUUCCUUUUAUUAACGAUCUCGGUGGAAGAUUUGUCGAGGUGAAAAUCCUUUAUGUCGGUGCCACCAUGAAAAAUUGCUUUUCAUUCAUUAAAAAACACCAGCAGAAAAAAUUGCAAAGUGUCUGGGGGACUUUAAAAAAUGAUCAGGAGAAAAAGAAAAUGAUCGAGUCGUUGAUGACUUUAACACCAGAAAUGAAGGACUUCAAAUAAUUAUAAAAUAAAUCAAUAAAGAGAAUUGAUGAGUGAUGACAACAAUAA